AUGGAUUUCGAUCCGAAGAAAUUCAACGACCAAUUUAAAUUACGACCGAUUAAAGGUAAAACGUCUCCUGUCAAAGAUGACACGUACAAAAAUACCGCGAAAAAACCAGUCGCCACAGGUAACGCACUGCGGUUGAAGUCGAAUAGAUCAAUGACACAUCUUCGUAAAGAAAAACGGGUCCGUUUAAAAAAGCCCUUGGAUAUUUUCUACAGACGCGUUUAUAAUACAGAAAUGUUGCAAGACAGGAUUGAAUGGGUGCACUGUCAGGAUAUGAUCACUCCAAUACUGUCUGGUUUGAGGGUUAAUAUCAGUAAUCCAAAAAGGCUUUUUUCAAAAGAUCCCAUUGUGUUAAGAUUUAUUCAACUAUUAAACGUAAACACGUCGACGUACAGCCGAGACGAUAUAUAUUCGAUAUUAUAUCAAAUCAGUAAUCUACAACUGAGACUGUUUCAAUGGGACCUCGUACCUCUAAAUAUUCUAUUAAAUGUUAUUAUAAAAGAGAGAAAACACACGUUCGGCAACUUAAAACAUGGUAUCCGGGAUUUGUUCAACAAUUGGCGUUUGGACAUAAGUAACACGACCAGCUUGUUGAGGCAGGCGCGGAUUUUCCGACCGCCCUGCGUCACAGUCUCCACUUUCGAUGGAUCAACAAAGUCCCCCAAAGUUACAAAAUACAAGAAGAACGGUAAAGAGACGACGCGCUGUGAUGACGACGAUGAUUGUUAA